UAGCCUUUGCAAUAUUGAGGGGUUCGGCUGGCUAUAAAUAAUACGCCACGGCGGCCCAGGCAUAUCACAGCUUGCAGAAUACACCUCCUUCCUUCCUUCGUUCCACAACUCAAAGUCUCAAAGCAACCGAUAUAUGGAGCGAGCGGAGAACGAGCGGCUGCGGAGGGUGGCGCGGCAGCUGGACCAGGGGAACACCAGCCUGUGCCUGGAGAACCUGCUCAUCAUGCAGGAGAACGACCGGCUGCGGAGGAAGGCGCAGCAGCUGGACCAGGAGAACAAGGCCCUCCUCGCCGAGCUCAAGCAGCGCGAACAAGGCACUUCAGCUUCCGCAUCCACCAACCUGAAGCAGCCCAAGUGAAGAAGCUAGUACUGCUCGUGCAUGCUUUCUCGACUUUGUAACUAGUAGCAGUAGUAGUGUACGUAGCAGGCAGCAGUUGUUAGGGACGUACUGUACGAGAUGCAUUGUUUUGGUGGUGACGACUGCCGACAAGCAGCCAACAGUGGCAGCAUUUUGUGCU